UUUUUGAAUCUUGACCAACUGAAAAAAGACGGAGGCCAGGCGAAAAUGGGUUAAGGCAGGGAUGUUAGAGGCAGAAAAGGCAGUUUAGAGGGCUGGGGUUACCAAUUAGGGUUAGCGGAAUCCAAUUUGAGUUGGCGUCUCCUGCGGUGAUGGUCUCAAGUCGCAACCAGAGGCACACCGCUUGCUGCUGGGAGUCUCCUGCUGUUGCCCAUUCAUUCUGCUUCUGUCAGUUGCUUCUGUCAGUGUUUCCUGGCCACCACGCUUUUUUCGCCCCCUCCCCUCCUUCAGUGGUUGUUGCUGCUUUCUCGCCCGCCUGUUGGUCAGUCGGGAAGACUCGAGUGACUGAGCCUGUCUACCUUUCGAGCCAGUGUUCAAACGGAAAAAAGAGCUAGAGAAAGAGAUAGAGGCUUAGUGUUGUGUGAGCCGUUAGUGAGAGUGAGGGAGGUUGAGAACGAGUGAGAGGGUGAGGGAAAAACCAAUACAGUGCAAGACGGAGAAGUCCUGGAUAGGCAGGAUACGGUAUUUCUGUUACAGCAGAAGACAGGACUACAGUACGGGUAGUGCAAGGGUCUUGUGGUGAAAGACCGAGAAAAGAGACCAAAGAAGUACAGUACCAACCCACCCUGCACUCGCCGCAUUCACUACACUCCCCACCUCUCGCCAUCCUCCUUUUCUCCCAGAGUUCAUAUCCAACUGCAAUAGCAUCCAGCACUCCCAACGGCUGGGCCCUUCAUUACCAUCUUUCCUCUUCCUUUCCAUCAAAAUUAUCGGCCCCCCUUUCCUCUUUUUUUCCUCCGACAUUAGGGUUGUUAUUUUGCUUCCCGUUCCGUUCGUUCGUUAGGAUCCUUUAACCCGUGUUUCUCUCCCUGCUUAGGGCAUUGCGAUACUACAUUCUAAGGCGCUCCGCUCUUUCUAUACCCCCAACGCCGAUACCGUACGUGAGAGAUACGCACAGGUUUCCAUAUACUGUGCGUAAAGAUUAUCAAAUCGAUACCUUACUGCUCCUUCACAAUUUUUUUAUUCGGAUCGUUAUUCCGGACCUCCGGUCACAGAACAUCGACAUAUAAAUUGUUCUCAUGGAGCCGCCAACAGCACCUCAUGUAAACCUCCCACCCCGAAGGCAUCGUUCCCAGCAACAGAUCCGUGGUAUGGACAUAUCGACAUCAGCAUCAUCAGGGUCGAUGUCACAACCUUCCCAUACACGUACUCAUCGUGAGAAUCGUCUUGCCCCCUAUUCUACUAUUGGGCAGUUUUCCCUUGCCCCUACUACUCAGACUACUGUGGUUACUACAACUACAACAACUACUACGUCCUUUCCACAACUUCUCAUGAGGCCUCCUAGAAAUCUAAACGAGUUGGACCCCAAGGAGUUUCCCCUAGCUGCUGUACCAACACCAUCGAACCUCAAGAGAUUUUGUUUCGAUCUGAAUGGGAAACCCACCCACUUUCGGGAGACGGAUGACCCGGAGCAGUCUUUGAGAGAGUUGGACAUGCUUGUACAUGAUCUCGAUCGGAGCAACGGCCUCAUUAGAAAAGUUGUUCGAGGAGAGGAACGCGUGCAGGUCCAGAACCCUUUAACGAGUCCGCCUGCAUCAGCCACCCUGCCUACGGCCUCCCAUUCUUCAUCGAGUCGGAAACGUCCCGCCUCCCCGGUAUCGAUCUCGGAGGCAGCCGAACGCGUAUCCUUGUUACAGAAAGGUAAUAAACGCCGACAAACAGGAAGACCGAGGUCAGGUAUACCCUCUAGUAAGGCCAAUACACCUUCACCCAGAAAGUGUCUUCGUUCAAGUCGUAACACUACUCCAGCCACGCCUGUGGAAAUCAAUCCUCCUACUACUCACGCUCCUAGGCCUGUCCGUCCUGUUCACCAGCAAUUAAGCCAGCUGCAAAAUUCUCAAUUAUUCACCACCGUUAAUCUCACACCGAAUCAAAAUCAUCAACAAGAGACCCCACUGACUUUGUCCCCACAGUUGGGGGUAAAACCGUUGGAUUUGGAAGCAGAAGACUUGGAGAUGGGCUCAACGCCUACCCCACAAGAGGAUCUCGAGUUGGAUGAUGCUGAAUCGGAUUCAACCAUAAUACCUACAACCCUGUCACCUGAUACCCAACAUGCGGCGAACGAUAACGUUGCUGUCGGGUCUGCUCAGCCACUGAGUCUUCCAAGUCCAAGUCUAAGUCCUGUGACUGCCGCCUUGACUCAUGGAGGUUAUUUCUCGGCGAUGGAUACUGAUGAAAUCGACUCACCACUUGAGCUGCCGCCCAGCGAGGAGGAUGUAACUGACGAGUCAAACCAAUUGAUGCUGAGUCCGCAAAGACAUAUCAUGCAACCACAGACCCCUCGAGAACAAUAUACUCCUGGGUUGAUGGAAAUUCCAAAAAUGCUGGAUUCCUUUGAUGCUAUGCCUUCUGCCGUCAAAACUUACGUUAUGUAUCAGCUUCUCCGCCGAUGUUCCAAGAGCACACUUCAAACGGUUGCAGAAGUGGUCAACCCUGCUCUCAAGUGCGACUUCCUUACCCUUCUGCCCCCAGAACUUUCCUUAAACAUUAUCAAGUAUCUAGACAUCAGGAGUCUUUGCAAUGCUGCUCAAGUAUCAAAACGUUGGAGGAUCAUUAUCGAUUCUGACGAGUGGACAUGGAAGAAACUUUUUGACAACGAUGGGUAUGUGCUGGGAGACGGUGAAUUGGAUAGGGCCAUACGAGAGGGUUGGGGUUUCCAGGAUCCACAAGGUGAUGAUGACUGCGAGAGAGAUGUCAACGCCGGGACCAGAUCCAAUUGUUGUGCCCCCCCGACUCUUACGACCCCGCCACCGCAUGGAAGGCAAAAGAAGAAGUUCAACACCAGAGCGAAUUCCAAGAAGCAGCAGAAGAAGCGCGAAGCCGUUGAAACGCUUGGUAAGGAGGAGUUUAACGAGGUUAUAUUGGAGAUUUACUCCAACUCUGUCGGCCCUGUUGCGGCUGCUAACGCUGCGGAAAAAGCUGGCUCCAAGGCUUUGGUGGGGUUACAGUCGCUGAGGAAUCUACACCUGUUUAAGUCUAUCUAUCGAAGACACCACAUCAUCCGCCGUAGUUGGAUACGACCGCAGGUGAAGCCGAGGCAUAUAUCCUUCCGUGGCCAUCAGAGACACGUGGUUACUUGUCUGCAGUUUGACACAGAUAAAAUAUUGACGGGCUCUGAUGAUACCAACAUCAACGUGUACGAUACCAAUACGGGAGCGCUGCGAAACAAGUUGGUGGGGCAUGAAGGUGGGGUUUGGGCUUUGCAGUACGAAGGUAAUACCUUGGUAUCUGGCUCAACAGAUAGAACUGUCCGAAUUUGGAACAUCGCCGCUGGUGAAUGCACCCAGAUUUUCCAUGGACAUACUUCGACCGUCCGAUGUCUGCAGAUUCUCAUGCCAACUAAGAUUGGCGUUAAGCCAGAUGGUAAAGAUUUGAUCAUGCCGAAAGUACCGUUGAUAAUUACAGGAUCUCGGGACUCAACGCUGCGAGUAUGGAAACUUCCUAUGCGUGGCGAUAAGCCCUAUCUACCGGGAGCCAGUCGGGAUGCGAACGAUAACGAUCUUUUCCUGAACCCUAACAACAAUCCGUACUUCAUUCGCACCCUCUCAGGCCAUCAGCAUUCUGUUCGUGCGAUUUCAGCACAUGGGGAUACGCUUGUGAGUGGCAGUUACGAUUAUUCUGUCAAGGUCUGGAAAAUCUCCACCGGAGAGACUCUGCAUACACUGCGGGGUCAUGUUCAGAAAGUCUAUAGCGUGGUGUUGGACCAUAAACGAAACCGCUGUAUUAGUGGAAGUAUGGAUAACUUGGUCAAGGUCUGGUCAUUAGAAACUGGAUCUGUGAUUUACACUCUUGAAGGCCACACCCAACUAGUUGGCCUGCUUGACUUGAGUCAUGAUAGACUUGUCUCAGCUGCCGCAGACUCAACAUUAAGGAUUUGGGAUCCAGAGACUGGGAACUGCAAGCACACACUCUCAGCGCAUACUGGAGCGAUCACCUGUUUCCAGCAUGAUGGGCACAAGGUUAUUUCUGGUUCGGAUAGGACACUCAAAAUGUGGAACGUUCAAACUGGCGAGUUCAUUCGUGAUUUGCUGACUGACUUGAGUGGUGUAUGGCAAGUCAAAUUUAAUGAAAGGAUUUGUGUGGCUGCCGUCCAGCGUGACCAGGUCACUUACAUUGAGGUGCUCGACUUUGGUGCUGCACGGGACGGUAUCCCCGACGACAAGCGCGGCCGUAGAAUUGUCGUUGACAGGAGCGGUCGGGAGAUACCCGAUGGAAACGACACUAUGGAUGAAGCUGGCGACGAUUUUGAUUGAUUUGCAAGAGUUUCACAUCGGUCGUCGUACCUUUUCCUUUUUUCUCUCUCUUUCUCCUAUCUCUAUUAUCAAACGCUUAAAUGCAGAGCUGCAUAGUGGCUGAGUAUGUCGAGGCGUGAAUAAGGUUGAUAAAAAGCGCCUAUCUUGGUUGAGCUUGGGCUACAAAAAAAGCAGGGGUUUAACUGCCGAAGUAGAAGAGCAUUGCGGGAAUUAUUUUUAACAAUCCUCCCCUGAUUUGGCCCCGUAUUAAACAAGUCCCUUUGUAUUUCGUUACAUUUCGAUUGACUUGGUAUUUCCUAUACCUUUCACGAGCAUUGCUAUGGCUUUUCCUUGAUUCUUUUUCUCUUCUGUUUUUUUUUUUUGGGGGGGGCGAUCCGGUAGCUUAGGGCCGUUGAUGAAUUCCUUUUGUUUUCCCGCCUUUAUUAUUUCUUCUCUCGUACCUUCUCUACCACGUUUCUUCGGUCUUGCAUUUGGUUUUUGCAUUUUUUUUUGCACAUAUACGUCUCGUUCUUGCUCCAAAAAAGGGUUGUAAUUUUUGCGCUUCUUUGCUUUUGGGUUAAUUUUCUUGCUGGUUCAGACAUUUCUUCUUUUGACUUUGAGGCUAUAGGGAGAUAAUGAGUAUGAGCUGGGAAAGGAUGUAUAACUUGUUUGUGUCUGUCUGGCGCACAAGUUUGGAGUUAUCUUCUCGCACUCAUCUUACACAGUGGGUUGGUUUUUGAUACCUGAGAAUGGUAUUCUCCAAUGCACGAGAAACAUACAUGGGUUGGUGUUCUCUUUUCUUGCCUCUUUUUGUCUAUUAGCUUCUGGUUUGGAUGGUGGGGUUUCUGGGAGAUCAAAAUUGUAUGUACAUGAGUCGGGAAAAUGCUUUUUCAUUUCCUUUUCCA